GCAAAGUUAGGAAUGUGUGAUAGGACUAAAAGAAGACGAAUUCAGAGAGAAAACGAGGACAACAAUUUUUUGAAGGAAUAUGGUGAUUUGACAAUAUCUGAGGAAACAGAAAGAGGAAGGUACGGCGAUAUUGAUUAUCACGACGAAAUUUUUGGGAUUAGUGAAGAUACCGAAGAUGAAUAUAAUGGUAUUAAUCUUGGAGAAGAGCAGAUUGAAGAUACCGUAGAUGAAUGUAUUGGUAUCGAUUUUGGAGAAGAGCAGAUUGGUGUGGUUGAAUUUGAAGAAGAGGAUAAAGAUUUUUAUGAUGAUGUACUAUUUAUCCUGAGUUUUGCUACAAAAUACAAUCUGCCUUAUGUCGCAAUAGAACAUUUACUACACAAGAUCAUACCAAUCGGGAAAUAUCCAGAGUGCCAGUCGGUCAAGACGUUCAGAAACUGGAUUAAACAGCAAGUACCACAGGCAAAAAGAUUUUUUGUUUGCACUGGGAAUUGUGAUGCAUACUACGAGGACACAAAAGACGGUCUUCCGGAACAUUGCAGGAAAUGCAAUUCAAAACUCAAUCGGGACAGUCUUUGUAAAACAGGGAAUUUUUUCCUGUACACAUCUGUUGCGCAACAACUCACUUCUUUGUUGGGACUGCUCGAAAACGAGCAAGCAGUUUUAAAUUUCCAAGAAAGUAUUAAAACUGCUCAAUAUUUAAAUUAUGUGAGUGAUACGAUCAACUCGAAACGGUAUAAAGAGUUGAUCAUGGCUAAUCCAACAAGUUCUGAACAAGACAUCCCCUUCCUAAGCUUCUCUAUGAACUUGGAUGGGGUUCAAGCAUCCAAGUCUUCUCAGAACUCUUUAUAUCCGUUAAUGCUUGUUCUGAACGAACUUCCCCCGAAUCUGAGGCAAAGAAACAUAAUCAUACCGUUUCUUUUCAUGAAACGCCGUGGAAGUAACACCAAGUUCCACACCAGCUAUUUGGGGCCGUUUGUGGAGGAAAUGAAGUUAUUGGGAAGCAGCUUUAGUUUCGUCUCACGACAGCGGAACUGUAACAUUUCAUUACCAGUUUACGUUUACUCGCUAAAUUGCGAUUCGGUGAUGAAGUGUGACCUGCUUCAUCUCAAGGGAGUUACUGGAUACUUUUCGUGUCCGAAAUGCAAGCAGAAGGGCGAAUCAGUCGCUAAGGGUAGAUCUUCCACUGUUGUAAAACCUGCAACGUUGGGCCCCAAAGGAGAGUUGAUCAAAUAUCAUCCCCGCAGUAAGGAAAAUUUCGAUCUGUCCCUUGAAGAUGGUGUUUGUAAAAAGUCGAUACUCUCGUCACUUCCAAUGUUUACUGACAUUUUCUGCAAUGCUGCCAUCGAUAGUAUGCAUGGAGUCUACUUGGGUGUCUUCAAACUGGCGGCGAAAUUAUGGUUUAAAGAAAGAGGACGACCUUUCUCCGUCUCCCCUGCUGGUUACAGGAUCGCCAAAGAUGUCAUGCAGAAAAUCACCCCUUCAUCGUCGAUUGUACGUGGUGUUAGAAGUUUGGAUGAGAGAGCAGACUGGAAAGCAAGUGAAUGGCGCAGUUUUGGGUACUUUUGGGCACCCUUGAUACUCGAAGCUCUUGUAAAGAACAGUGCAAUUGAUCAGGUAUACCUUGACAACUGGAUCCUAUUCACCAGUGGAUUGUCUCUCCUCAACUCUGAAAAUGUCAGUCCAGCGGAUAUUAAAGCUGCUCGAAAGUAUCUGUCCAGUUUCUGUGUCCAGUUCACUUCUAUUUACGGUAAAGAGUAUGCCAUUUUGAACCCACACCUCAUGGUCCACGUGGCAGAAUCAGUUGACUACUUGGGGCCUAUGUGGUCAACGUCUCUGUUCAUAAACGAGUCUUUCAACCAGACAGUCCUGAACUGCUUCAGAAGUGGAACAGGAGGUGUGGUUCAACAAAUCUCUGAAAGAUUCACCUGGAGAAAGUUGUCUGUUGAUUUGCAUUCCUGGUUGAAGCAGACAAACCUGAACUACCAAAAUCCAAUUGCUGAAGAAUGCUGGAAACUAGGUGAAUUUGCGGAAAUCCAGGAGUGCAGUCAACCAUCCAGUCGAAAGAUAAACAGUAUCGAUCAAGUUGGUCGGUACUGUUUAGAAUCGACUAGAUUGCUUUUACCAGAUGCAGAACAUGAACCCAUAUUUUUUGACCGAAUCAAGAAGAGUGGCAUGCUCUUUACAACAAGGAACUACCACUUCAAGAAGAAGCUAAAAAACAGGGACAGCUUCUUCUAUUCCACCAAGGGCAGCAUUUUUGGUGACAUCACUGAAAUCGUUAGAAUUGGAAAUAAUUAUUUUGUUUUGUAUAAUGUUUUCAAAACUAACGACGCACAAUUAAGUGUAGUAAAUAAACUGAACUACGCACAUUUUGGAGAAUUUGGAGAUUCAUGCGACAUCUUACCACUACGGGAUGUUACUAAAAAGUGUACCAUGUUACAAUUUAGUUUUGGUUGUUGUUUGAUGUAUGAUAUGAACAAUAAAGAAGGAUCGUAAUUAAAUAUCCAUUUCAACAAUUAUUUUACUUCGGACAUUCCAACAAUUUUAUUUAAACCUGCUAAUUGCAGGUAAAUUUUUAACAUUUUGUUUAUCCAUACCUGG